CGAUAAUGACAACCACCAAUAAAAAAUAAGUUAAAAAGCGAAGUAGAUAAUUAAAACAAAAAAAAAAAAUAAUAUUUAUAAACAAGCGCCCCCUUAUGUUUAAAAACAGAAUCUCAACAAAUGUCGUCAAACAUGUGUAAUUUAAUAAUCUUACCACAAGAAAAAGUAAAUAAACUACUGAUUAGCUGACUAAUUCAUGUGAAUGUCAGCUUUUUAAUUACAUGAUGAUGUUUGUGCUUACAACGAUUUCUGAUUACACCAGAAUCCAAAGAUGAAUCUUUUUUUAUUUGGAGGUAUUGGAGGCUGUGCUAUUUUACUAGUUACAGCAUUUGGCCUAGGAUUAGUUUUAAAAAUUUUUAUCUGUAUACUUGCAUUAAUUUUAGGAAUAUUGACUUGUAUAUACAGAAAGUAUGUACCGAAUCUUGAAGAAGAAAUUAAGCAUAGCAGAGAAAACUUGUACAAAAAGACUGAAAAAAUACAAAGGCAUCUCAAAGGAUUAUCGAACUCCAAAGUAGCCUUCACUUUGGAUAAAAGAGUUACUGGUAGCCAUAUAAUUGAUGAAUCUUUACAAGAAAUUUUAGAUUUUAUUAUAAGAGAUUAUGUAGAGCCAUGGUAUAGUGUAUUGACAAAUGACGAAGAAUUUAUUAAGUCAGUGAGAGAUACAGCGCAAAAAAUAGCUAUAAAUAUUGCUAAUAGAGUAAAGGAAGUCGACUGGAUUCCUUAUUUAACAACACGUCUUGUAGAUGAUGUAGCAUCUCACAUGCGACUUUAUCGUCAAGCACGGGCUAAAAUCAAACAUGUACAAAAUAUAAAAGGUAGCAGUAAUUCAAGUACAUCGAGUGGUACACCGAAGAGAUCUCCCACUCAUCGAAGAAAUAAAAGUGAGACCGAUAUAUCUUGGUAUUCUCAGUCAAAAUUUUACAUUCCAAAUUUGUCAUCAUUGACAGAACCAAUUGAUUCAAAUUCAGUUGAAAAUGAUGAAGAAUCGCUUGAAAAAAUAUUUUUUAAUCUUGAAGUUCAGAUGGAAAAUAAUUUAAUAUGCCGAGAUUUAGUUUGUACAAAUGAUGAACAAGAACUUGCUUUUCUAGGAGAAAUAUCAGAAAUUUUAUUAUAUUUAUUGUUGCCAAAAUCUGAUUUUGAUUGUUUAACUGUUAGAUUUAUAUUACGCGAAUUAUUGGUAAAUAUGAUUAUUAGACCGUUAUUAAAUUUAUUCUCAGAUCCUGAUUAUAUAAAUCAAGCGUGUAUAUGGUUAUGUACAAAAGAUUUAAAUUUACCAAGUGAUGUAUUUUUAACAAUAAUAAGAAUUACUGAUAGCUUAGAAGAAUUAACAGCAACAAAAGAUAUUGUUUGCAGUGAAAUAGCACAUUUACGUUCUAAAGAUUCAGGUGGUGAUGAUGACUUGAUAGUUAAACAACAAUUAAAUAGUUUACUUUAUGUUAAAAAAAUAUUAGAAACAAGAAUAAUUAGUAUGCAAGAAGGAUCGGAUUCAGAAAAUGAUGGAAUCAUUUCACAUCCUAAUUGGAAUCGUUUACUUGUACCAGGACGUAAAAUGGUUAAUUUACCACUCGAUGAAUUACUGAAAAAUAAUAUUGCUUUAAGUUAUUUCAUUGAUUAUAUGACAAGUAUUAAUGACGAAGCGUAUCUAUAUUUUUAUUUAAAUAUUUACGGAUGGAAAGUAUCUGCUGAACAACAAAUAUCAGAUAUUGAAUUACAAAAAUUACAUAGUUAUAAAACUACUGGAAAUUCUCGUCGUAAAAAUAUUAAUUUAGAAAAUUUAAAAGAAGCUGCAUCUAAAAUAUAUCAACAAUAUUUAAGUGAUAAAGCAUCUGUCAAAUUAUUAUUAGAUGAUAGUUUAGUUAAAAACUUAUUAACACGAAUAAGAACAGAGACUGUUAAAGAAACAUGGUUUGAUGAAUUACAAGUUUGUUGUUAUGAAAAAUUACAGAAUGAAGAUAAAUUUUUACCAUCAUUUAAACGUUCAAUGUCUUAUGUUAAACUCUUAGCUGAAUUAGAUUUACUUAAAGACACAGCAUCUGAAGAUGAUAGUAAAUCAUUAGAUGGAAUAAGUGUUUCAAGCAUUAACUACGAAUCAGAUCCACUUCAUGAUACAUCUGAUGAACAUCGUGCUAAUGAACAAUUAAAAUUAUCUCAUGAAAGUACUAAAUCUAAUUCAAAUUCAACAACAAGUUUAACAAAUAUAUUAGAGUGUGAAAAUGCAAGUAGCCAUGAUGAAUUGGAUGCGGACGUAAGUGGUUUAAAAAAUAUCUCCAGAGUACGAAGUGCUUCUUGCAUUGACUCUGAUCCACAAGUAACUUAUGGAAAAAAUUCAACAUUUUAUCUUGAAUCCAGUGUGGAUCAAGUUAUUAAAUUAGAUGAUAAUACUUGCGAUCAAAAUACUAUACGUAAAUUACAGCAAGGACAUUUUGAACUUACCGCUGAAAUUAUUGAAACAGGUGUUGUUAAUGAUCGCGGUAAAACGUAUGGAAUUUAUGCAGUUGCAGUUAAUAAAAUAUAUGAUUCUGGAUACAAAGAAAAAUGGCAUAUUUAUCGUAGAUAUUCUGAUUUUUAUGAUUUACAUCAAAAGAUAAAAGAAAAAUAUUAUGAUUUAGCUAAAUUGCCAUUUCCAGCUAAAAAAGCUUUCCAUAAUAUGGAUCGAGCUGUUCUUGAACGUCGUAUGAUAAUGCUUAAUUCAUGGCUAUAUAGACUUACCAAGCCAAGUAUUAUGGAUGGUCAUUUGGGAUUGCAAAAUUUAUUGCUUUCCUUUUUAGAGCAGGGUGACUACGACAAGGGUGUCACAGGUGGACAUAUAUCCAAGACAAUUGACACUUUAGUUAAUCCAUUAAAGACAUCAAUGAAAUCAGUGACACAAGCAGUAAAAACUAUGCCAGAUAAUAUGUUGAGCACUGUUGAUGGCGUUAUGGAUAAUAUUAGUAAAUUUUUUGGCAAUCCACGAAAACACGGCAUGCUGUAUGAGAGUGUUAAAGUUGGAGCGAGUAUUGAUACUGAGACUGAUGACAACAUACCUUUGAGAAUUAUAUUAUUAUUAAUGGAUGAAAUAUUUGACUUGAAAGUACGAAAUCAAUGGUUGCGCAGACGAAUUGUUACAUUAUUAAGACAAAUAAUUCGAACAAUGUUUGGUGAUAUAGUUAAUCGACGUAUUGUUGAAUAUGUAUCAUUAUUAACCAGUCCUAAAAAUGUUGCAACCUAUUUGCGAUUAAUUAAACAAAGUUAUUGGCCAAAUGGAGUGAGAGCCGAAGCUAAACUGCCUCGGGAUAACGACACAAAAUAUAGAACACGAGUUGCGGCUAAAGUUGCACUUCUUUCGUGUCUCUCGGAUGAAUUGAAACAUAUUAUUGGUAGUGAAACAACUAGACGAGGAUUAUUACGAGUAUUUGAACUCUUUCAGCGUCCAGUACUCAAUAGAAGAUUAUUAUAUGUACUAUUUGAGGGUAUUAUUGAAAAUUUAUUUCCUCAAAAUGAUUUAGUUACAAUUAUUCACAAAUUAUACUCAGUUUCGCCAAGAGUUAAAAGUAAAAAAGCUAAUUCUCUAUAAUAGUCAUAUAUUGUUAGUGAUAUUUGAACAAAAAUUAAAUUUUAAUUGUCAAAUAUAUUACUUUUAUCGAUUUUAAUAUUUAAAAAAUUAAUAUUAAAAUAUUAAUAUUAAGAGCUCCGCUUUUAACAGGCUUCAUUUCUCACCUUCUUGUGAGUUUUCAGCCUGUCUUUUUGUUGAAAACAAAAGUCGCCUCAAAAUGGC